UUUCCUUGUAUAGUCGGGUGAUCUCUUGAACUUUAAACCUCCACAUCACAGUGUGAGGUUGGUUUUAAGAUAAGAAAUAGAAUAAAUUCUCUCCUGAGGACAGAUCUGAAUCUCUGACCACCUACAGGCUGACAAAACUGAAACCAUGGCAUUUGAUGGUACUUGGAAGAUAGAUCGAAAUGAGAACUAUGACAAGUUCAUGGAAAAAAUGGGUAUUAAUAUGGUAAAAAGGAAGCUUGCAGCUCAUGACAAUUUGAAACUGAUAAUUACACAAGAAGGAAAUAAAUUCACCGUCAAAGAAUCAAGCACUUUUCGAAACGUUGACAUUGUUUUUGAACUUGGUGUCACCUUUAAUUACAGUCUUGCAGAUGGAACUGAACUCACUGGAACUUGGAACAUUGAAGGAAAUAAACUUGUUGGAAAAUUCAAACGAACAGACAAUGGAAAUGAGUUGAAUGCGGUUCGAGAAAUUAUAGGCGGUGAACUAGUCCAGACUUAUACAUAUGAAGGAGUACAAGCCAAGAGGAUCUUUAAAAAGGAAUGAGCGUUGUCUUGGAGCACAGCCC